CUACCUUAAACAUUUUUGUUGGUUGACUCUUACUUCAAAUGCUUUUGUUUCAUGUUUGAUGAAGGAGAGUUCUUCUUCUUCUUCUUCUUCUGCUUUAAUCAAUCUAGAGAUUAGAAAAAUAUUAACUAAUAAAUUUUUAUCAGGCUAAGUCUUAUGAUCUAUCGUCUAGAGUUAAAAGACUUUGUAGGGUUUUGAUGUUUGAAAACUUUCAAAGAUUAGGAUUGAACAUGAUUCGAAUAAUCUCGUAUUUCAUGAUUUUGUUAUGUUGAAAGUGCUUAUAUACAAUACAAACUCUCUACAAGAAAUGAGAAGUGUACGAUGAUGUAGCAUUUUUGUUUCCUCCAAAGUUGUCAUCAAUGGCGGACUGGUCUGAACUCCCGAAGGACCUUCUAAACCUAAUCUCCCAACGCCUUCAAAGCCCUCUCUACCUUCUACGUUUCCGAUCCGUUUGUUCUUCUUGGCGUUCUUCUUCUUCUUCCCCUUUUCCCUUCUCUCACUCCAUCACUCUCAACUGCACCUUCUCCCUCUCCCAUCGCUCCCUUCUCCUCCUCACGCCACCCUCCACCGCCCCCAACCGCCGUCCCUGGCUCGUCAAAAUUUCCCACGACCCACGCGCCGGUACCGCGCGUCUCUUCUACGCUCUUUCCCGCUUCCAGCCAAAACGACCCCGUUUCGCGCUCGACCUCCUCCGCCUCCACGUUCUCGACCUUGGCCGCGAGUUCCGCCUCUCCAGCGCCUGCCCCUCCACGGAAUCCCUCUUUGACGAGAAGCUCGUCCUCCUCUCCGCCGGAAAUGACGGCUUUGCCCUCCUCACCAUCCACAUCUCCGGCAAGCUCGCGCUCUUCCGCCGCGGAGAUUCGAGCUGGACCAUCAUCCCCGACAUGCCGACCCCCUACGAUGAUGUCUGCGCCUUCCGUGGCACCUUCUACGCCGUCGACGGCAACGGCCGUACAGUUACCGUGGGGCUCGACUCCUCGCUCCGCGUUGUCACGGAGCGCGUCUUCGGCGGGGACAAGAAGUUUCUGGUGGAGUGCGACGGCGUGCUGAUGCUGGUGGACCUGUACUUGUUCACGGACUACGAAAAUUUGGACGAGGAGGAUGUUGGUAUCAUUGGGUGGGAGAGGACGAUGAGGUUUGAUGUGUUUAGGCUCGAUGAGGAGGUGGGGAGGUGGGUGGAGGUGGCGAGUUUGGGGGAGUGGGUUUUGUUCUUGGGAGAUGAUUGUGCGUUUUCGGCUUCUGCCAAGGAUUUGGGGGUUGAGAGAGGGAACUACGUGGUGUUUAGAGAUGAUUGGUUGCGUGCUGUCAGGGUUGCUAACGGAGUGGGAGUUUUUGAUUUGGAUGAUGGAAGGAUUUCGCCCUUGUCUGAGUGUCCUGGCUUUUCUGAGCUAUUCUGGCCGCCCCCGGUUUGGGUCAGGUCCCAUUGAUGCUUCGCGAGUGCAUGUUUGGUAUUCUGUCGGUAAGAUGAUUCUUGGACCCCUUCAGAUAGAUGGGAAGACAAAAGAUAUAAGGAAUUGAUAUGAUUGAAGAUCCGACGUUAGAAGAAGUGAGGUGUAGAGAGAAAUGAGAGGUAUUGAUGGCGUUGUUUGUAAUUUCUGAGUGUUGGGAGGUUCCAAUGUAUGUGCAGAAUGUAAAACUGAAAAGCCUCUUUCUUUUGUUUUCAGUUGGGUCUGAUAUUAAACUGAGUUUGGCUUUGAAACUCAGUUUGAAAAAUAUAAGUAAAGAGAGAGUUGCUUUUACAAACUCAGUUUGCUAUAUGAAGGUCAUUUAAACUUAAGUUUACAAAAUUUAGUGUGUUAAUUUAUCGUAGGGCACCAUAUUUUAUUGUUUGGUUGCAUUGGGUGUGAAUAGAAUCACAAUUGGAAUGGGGACUUUUUUGUUUGGAUAAUGGUUGGAUUUGACUCUUGUUGAAGUGUCACGGGCGAGGUGUUCUGGCCACCGCCAGAUUGAUUCAUAUUGACACUUCAUGCGUGGUAUGCUUAUAUACGUACUCUGAUUUGGUUAUUUUCAAGGUGAAUUAUGCAUGAAUAUCUAAUUUCAUUCCUUAGUGCAUGUUUGGUAUUCAGUUGGAGAUCCCAAUAUGCAAUCAAAAAGUAUAAUCUCUUACUCAUUUUACAUUUUGAUUUCAUUGUAAAUUGAGUUGUCUCUAUUUUGCCUUGAAACUCAAUUUGAAAAAGAAGUAAAGCCAGAGAUAAUUUUACAACUCAGGUUGCAAAGUGAAGUUCAUUCAAGCUUAAGUUUAGAAACUUCAAUCCAAACACAGUCUUAGUGUGUGUUUUAAUUU